AUGGGUGACCACUUGGAGCCGCGCAUUACUCCAGAAACACCAGGGGAACCCUCAAUAAGGAAUCCUUUCGAGAGCCCCAACGACUACCUUCACCUCCGCGAGCCACUGGUGCCUAGUACAUUCGUGUUCAAGUUAUCACAAACUGCUCCCUCUGGAUUCAACUGGUCAAUCGACGAUAUGGCCAGUCUUCAUCCAGUGCACAUAGAUCAAGAGGAGAUCCAGCGACAGUCAUUUUACCUCAGCCAGACAAGGAUCGACCUCGACAUUGAAGAAAAGCGUCAGAAUGCAAUUGAACAGUUUUUUACCAAAGGAACAAUUGUGCCCUCUCCAUGGGCUUUGUCAGAAACCCACAGGGACGCCCGUAAGUCUAAGACAUGGUCUCUAUCUCCGAUGAAGGAGGAGACAGAAAAAAAAUCAGUUGCAUGUCAGACGAGGCUCUCAUUACCAGUGAGUUUGGAUUUAAGAGAACUUCUUGGGGAGUAUUACCGAAAUGAAGAAUCUGGGAGCGAUUCCUCUCAGGAGAGCUUGAGUUCUUCCUCUUUGAGGCGCAAACUCUUUCUGGAUGGCCAGGGCAGUUUAAGCAGCUCAGACAACUCCUGUCCACCUAGCCCAGAGAAAUACAAUUCCAGAAGAAGAGAAGAAAGGUCGCCGUCGACACAGGGAAAGGUUUUUGUGGGACCUGCGUCCAUCUUUUCUUCCCCUUUAUCAUGUGGUGUAUCUGCUUCAACACCCUCUACGGGUCAGUUCUCAUCCAGUCCCAUCUUGACUGGCUGCUUCCGGGACUGCAGCAGCAUCAGCCCUCUCUUCACUGAUGGGUCAUCCCGUGCUGGUGCAGCCUCUCCCACUGUUUCACCUAUCGUUGCACGUACCAUGUGCACACCAACAGGCUCAGCAAAGUGGUCUUACAAGGGUCUUAAAUAUCACUUGUUGAAACCUGCAGGAAACCUGCCAUUCAGCGUCCCCCUAGAUGUGGAUGUCCCCUCCUUCACCUUGAGUCCUGGCGAAGACGGAUGCGCUCCUAUCCAUGGCUUUUCUCCACAACGGCACCAUACCAGAGUCAAACACAAGCCUCGAUUUCGUUCCUGCAUCACCCCGCCACCCAUCUGUCCCUUCCUCGACCCCAGACUCCCUUACACUCAAGAGGCUGAUGACCCACUGUCUCUCCUUUUGAUGGAGCCAGAUGACUCUGUCCUUCCAUCUCAGAACAAUAGUGGUCCUGACGCUGAUAGACUGUGCCUGGCAGAGUCUGUGAAGAUUGAAAACAGUCAGGAAACGAGGAUGGAGGGAAAGCUGGAAGACGAGGGAGACGGCGGGGGCCUUUCUGGGCGGAUGACAAGUUCGCGUAUGGGCAACAUGUCAGUCAUGGAGAGCUCUCAAAUGUUUACCUCUCUUCUAGCGGAGCGCAGCAGUAUACGCUAUGAUUCCAGUAUGCAGGUGGACAGCGGGUACCAAACAACCACAACAGGGACGGGGAGUUUGAUUGAUGGGCUCGUUUCCGAGUAUCACGGCAAAGAGUCCUUCAGCACCAACCUUGCGGAAGACGUCUCUCACCUCACGAAAGCCCCAAAAGUAAAGGUGUGGUAUCCUCAUCACUAA